GAGGGAAUCAAGAGGGAGGGAGGGGCAAAAGAUCAGUGAAAUGAUGAGUUUGGGUGACUGGAGGAUGAUGGUACAAUUGACAAUGAAUAGGAAACUUGGAGGGAAGGGCAGAAAAGGUCUGACACUGGGGUGAGGUGUAAAGUUUUUUGUUUUUGUUUUUCAUUCCAUAUAUAAACCCAUUUAUAUUCCACAUAUAAAACCUAAAGUGCCCCCAGAGGUGGGUAUACUCCCAUUGAGGUCACAAUGUCUAUUCUGAGUUCAUGCCGUUCUAUUCUUUUUAGGUGUUUCUAAAUAGCAUUUUAGUUUCAGCCCUUAAGAUAAAAAAAAGUUUUCAGGGGUCACUGUGCAUCCCCGGGAUUUCCAAAGCAGCCAACUCUUCAGGCUUGCACCUUAUAACACCACCUGGGGAUGUUCCUAAUCCUUCAAUUAGAUUGUUUUUGGAAGAAAACUGUAGUUAUGGUGCUCCCCUUCCGUGUUCCUCUCCUUUUGCUAUGUGAGUGACAACUGGGCUGCAUUUAAUUUGGUUAAGUUAUGCCCAGGUCCUUGAAGGAGAAAACAUAUCAUUCUAGUAAUUUUAUUAGACUCAUGUUUCAGACAAAUGGAAAUAAAAUCGCCUUUUAAAAAUGAAGGACACAUAUAAAUGAAUAAAACAGUAAUAAUAACACAAGCCACCCGUGAUUCCUGAUCAACGGUGUAAGGCAUUUUAUGAUAUGUUGAAGGGAAAGGAGACAUCCAGGGGAAAGGGGAGAAGAAGCAAAAAAGAAAAAAAAAAAAAAAAAAAAAAAAAAAAACACAACCCUAACCCUCAGCUUUCUUUUCUGCCUUUCUCUUUCAAAGGAAUUUAAUUUGCCUGUUAUAAAGUGAAGCAUGAAAAGCUACUGGUAAAAUUGGUACUUGUCCCACAUGGUGCUCAGAGCUUAAUAGUACAGGUGGACGCAAGCGGCUGGCUGCCAAAUACUUUUGGUUUAGAGGGAGGGGUGGGAGUGCAUUCUCAGAACCACUCCUGGAAUGGCUUAGCUUGCUUCACACAAAUCAAUGACAACCUCCUGUCGGCUGCAGGCACCCAUGAGCUACUUUUCCACUUUAAUUCCUAUAAAGCGACACUGGUGGCUUUUAUGAUAGGAACCGGGCUGGAGAGAGGAGACCGAAGGGACAGCAAGUUUUCUGAAAUCUGGACUCUGGAAUAAAAUUUGACCAGAGUCCCAUUGCUGGAAAAGCAUAUUUAUCCAGGAGGGUUUCAAAUUCUCUCCUGCUAGCCUUUACCCCACCCAUUGAAAAGGGCUCCGGAUGAGAACAUGGCCAAUGGCAUUGAUGAACUGAUCGGCAUUCCCUUCCCCAACCACAGCAGUGAAGUCCUGUGCAGCCUGAACGAACAGCGCCAUGACGGCUUACUCUGUGACGUCCUGCUGGUGGUCCAGGAGCAGGAGUACCGGACCCACCGGUCAGUCCUGGCUGCCUGCAGCAAGUACUUCAAGAAGCUCUUCACAGCAGGCACUUUGGCUGACCAGCCUUACGUCUAUGAGAUUGAUUUCGUUCAGCCAGAGGCUCUGGCUGCCAUCCUGGAGUUUGCCUACACAUCUACCCUCACCAUCACAGCCUCUAAUGUCAAACACAUCUUGAAUGCCGCCAAAUUGCUAGAGAUCCAGUGCAUUGUUAACGUGUGCCUGGAGAUCAUGGAGCCUGGAGGGGAUGGGGAAGAGGAGGACGACAAGGAGGACGAUGAUGACGAGGAUGAGGAAGAUGAGGAGGAUGAGGAGGAGGAAGAAGAUGAAGAGGAUGAGGAUGAGGAUGAUGAGGCAGAGGAUUUUGCUGAUCAGGAAAAUCUGCCUGAUGCCCAGGAUAUCAGCUGCCACCAAAGCCCUUCUAGGACAGACCACCUCACGGAGAAGGCCUAUGCAGACACCCCCAGGGAUUUUUCCAACCCUUUCCAGGCUAAUGGCAGCCCUGGUCAUCUGGGAGUCAUCCGCGAUUUUUCCAUCGAGUCUUUACUGAGAGAAAACCUCUACCCCAAAGCCAACAUCCCUGACAGAAGGCCUGCCUUAUCGCCCUUUUCCCCAGGCUUCUUUCCGCACCUCUGGCCUGGAGAUUUUGGUGCCUUUGCUCAGCUGCCUGAACAGCCCAUGGACAAUGGACCUCUGGACCUGGUCAUCAAAAAACGGAAGAUCAAGGAAGAAGAGAAGGAGGAGCUGCCCCCACCACCACCAGCCCCCUUCCCUGGGGACUUCUUUAAGGAUGUGUUUGCUGAACUCCCUGGGGGACCCCUGGGACCCAUAAAGGCUGAGACCGACUAUGGCGCCUAUCUCAACUUCCUGAGUGCCACCCACCUAGGUAGCAUCUUUCCCCCAUGGCCCCUGGCGGAGGAACGGAAGCUAAAGCCCAAGGCAUCCCAGCAAUGCCCCAUCUGCCAUAAGAUCAUCAUGGGGGCAGGGAAGCUGCCACGGCACAUGAGGACACACACGGGGGAGAAGCCGUACAUGUGUAACAUCUGCGAGGUUCGAUUCACCAGGCAGGACAAGCUGAAAAUUCAUAUGAGGAAGCACACAGGUGAGCGGCCUUACCUGUGCAUCCACUGCAAUGCCAAGUUUGUGCACAACUAUGACCUCAAAAACCAUAUGCGCAUUCACACAGGUGUCCGGCCCUACCAGUGUGAGUUCUGCUACAAGAGCUUCACCCGCUCAGACCACCUCCACCGCCACAUCAAGCGCCAGAGCUGCCGAAUAUCGCGGCCCCGCCGCGGCCGCAAGCCUGCCGCCUGGAGGGCUGCCAGCCUUCUCUUUGGCCCCACUCCCCCAACAGAGGAGAAGGCCUUCAUGGUGCCGCCGACCCUGGGGGAGAUCGGGGGCCAUCUUGGCGGGGGAGCCAUGUGCCUGCCAGGCCCCAGCCCUCCAAAGCACUAUCUGGGGGCCCCGAAGGGGACCCUCAGCCUGCAGGAGCUGGAGCGACAGUUUGAAGAGACACAGAUGAAGCUGUUUGGGAGGGCACAGCUGGAGGCAGAGAGGAAUGCCGGGGGCCUCUUUGCCUUCGCCUUGGCAGAGAACAUGGCCGCCCGACCCUACUUCCCCCUCCCAGACCCGUGGAGUGCCGGGCUGGCCGGACUCACCGGCCUGGCAGGACUCAAUCACAUGGCCUCUAUGUCCGAAGCAAACAAUUAGCCCUAACUUUUUUCAUGCCCAUCUCUCCUCUGCUCCUUUUCCAUACCGAGACACCUAAUCUCCCUCUUCCUCCCCUUUUCCCUUGCCCCAAGACGGGUUUUGUAAGUUCUCUACAUUUUAUUUUAAAAAAAAGAGAAAAAAGAAAAAAAAAAGAGAAAAGAAAGUAGCAAAGCCACACAACCCAGGCCUCCUUGGGCAGCAGCCACCAAUUUUCUCACUCCAAAGAAGAGAAAUCACCUUCUAAGGGAAAUAGCUAUUCACGACUGGACACAAAACCUAAGCAGACCUGGGUCUUAGCCUCUUUCGUCUGUCUCCCCCACACAGAAGCCAGGGAGGAAAUAUUUCUUAGUUGUAGCAGUAACUAGAUGGAGGCCAAUUUGUCCCGAAAGGCAAGAAGGUGGGUGGGGGAGGGGGUUGCACCCAUGGCCUGCAGAAGCUGGGGGACCUUGCUGGCUAGACCCCUUUAGUUCUUUGAUGCUCUCUCCCUCAGGCAGAAGCCGCCAGGUUAGUACCAAUGCAGAUUCCACAAUUCCAAAUGGGCUUCUAAGAGCUUCCCUUAGCCUAUCUGAAGGUAAAUGAACCUUUCUAUUUUGGAAGGAUAACGGUGUUAUCCAAAGGAAAAGAACUCUGGAGAGAAAGGAGAAUUCCUGCUGGAUUCUGCUGCUCUACUGACUGGCUACAUGACUUUGUGCAGGUUACUUCCCCUGUCUGUACCUCAGUUUCUCCCAUCUCCAUAAGGGCCCUCCCAUACGUGUCUCUCAAAGGAAGUUGAGAGGAUUAUUUAGAGGCUCUGUGGGAGGUGCUCUGAACUCCUAGGAGAAAGGCCAGAAGAAACUUGGGCUUAUUGUUUUUUGUGUUCCUUGAUAAAUUCCCAAUUGGUGGGAAUGGAAUGAGGUUCAUGCAAGAAGGGAACCACACCGCUCCCCUUCUGAUGCCUCAGACCUGAGAGUGACUUUUAAGGGCUCAGAAGACUUUUCUUUUUGUCAUUAGUAGAAACUUUCUUUUCAAAGGAAGCAUCUAUGAAAAAAAUCCAGUACACCAUUUCUCCUUAGUGAUUUUUCCAAGGCCUGGGACCUAUUUCUUCUGUUCACAGAUCAAGUUCACCACCCCAACAGGUCUUGGGGAGCACCAGUACUCACCUAGAAGGUGGUCGGCUGGAUAAAUGUUUAUUUUAAAACCCAGUAUGCCUCUCUUCUACUGCUCUCCCUCUUCCCUACAAGCUUCCUGGAAACUGUGUUCACGUGACUCCUGAUGAUCCAGGGGUUGAUUUUUUUUUUAAUCAUUUUGUUGUCCAGGGGUUUGGAGUUUCUUUUUCCUUCCUUCCUGGCUACCUAACGUGUUUAUUUCUGUUCCUUUGAGCACCUCUGCAAAAGGCUGAAUGGAGAAAAUCAAGAAACUGAAAGCCCAAAUCCCUGUGUCUUGCUCCUUGUAGGAAGCUACAGUAUCAA